GCGCAGACAGCUUGGAGGAGGGGGCCGUGAGCGCCCCCGUGAGAGUGGCCUGGCUGCAGGUGGCAAGGAAGCUGAAGUGCAGGGACUCGAGGGGCGCGAGCAGGAAGGAAGGAGGCAGGCGUGGAGUGGGGUGGGGAGUGCAAGGGACCAGGACCCCGGGGGUGGGGGUGGGGUGGCAGUGGGAGGGAGAAGGAGUGGGGGGAGGGCGGCGGAGGCAGUGCCCGGCCGGGCCGGCGCGCGCGGGAGCUGCAGUCGAGCAGGCUCACACCUGAACCGGAGCUCUCGCCGGUUCCUGUUGGCCGCCGCAGCGCCUCGGCGAGGGAGGACGUGCGCGCCAAAGCAGCGGCUGGCGGAGACGCUACUGGCGUGGGAUUGGUGGAGCGCCAGCCGGGAGGCUGAGGCUGCGAGCGCCGCGGGAGCUGUAAAAACGGCUGCUGCUCGUCCGGCUACCCCGGAGCGCUCGCGGCCGUCGAGACUGCGGGACCAAGGACUGCACCACCCGGGGGCCGCCCCCGAGCGGGCCUCACAUCCCCGCCGUCCAGCGCUCCCAGACCGCCAGCUUGCCAGCUCUUCCGGGAGCCCAGGGUAUGAACGGCUACGGCUCCCCCUACCUGUACAUGGGCGGCCCUGUGUCGCAGCCGCCGCGGGCUCCCCUGCAACGCACGCCCAAGUGCGCACGCUGCCGCAACCACGGCGUGCUGUCCUGGCUCAAGGGCCACAAGCGCUACUGUCGCUUCAAAGACUGCACCUGCGAGAAGUGCAUCCUCAUCAUCGAGCGGCAGCGGGUCAUGGCGGCGCAGGUGGCGCUGCGGCGGCAGCAGGCCAACGAGAGCCUGGAGAGCCUCAUCCCCGACUCGCUGCGCGCCCUGCCCGGACCCCCGCCGCCGGGAGACGGCGCCGCCGCCCCGCAACCGCCGUCGACUUCGCAGCCGUCUCAGCCGCCGCCGCCGCCGCCGCGCCCCGCCGCCGAGUUGGCUGCGGCCGCCGCGCUGCGCUGGGCCACUGAGCCCCAGCCCGGGACGCUGCUCGCCAAGCCAGAUUUGACUGAAGAACGACUUGGGGACAGCAGCACAGCCGACAACACGGAGACCUUCAGUGACAAAGACAUCGACCAGCGGAGCUCCCCAGACCUGGCCAAAAGUAAGGGCUGCUUCACACCCGAGAGCCCAGAGGUCGUGUCGGUGGACGAAGGUGGGUACGCGGUCCAGAAAAAUGGGGGCAGCUCCGAGAGCCGCCCGGACAGCCCCAAGUACCCCGGGGAACAGAAUCACCUCCUGAUCGAGGGCCCCUCGGGCACCGUCUCGCUGCCCUUCAGCUUGAAAGCCAACAGACCGCCCCUGGAAGUGUUGAAAAAGAUCUUCCCCAACCAGAAGCCGACGGUGCUCGAGCUGAUCCUGAAGGGCUGCGGCGGGGACCUGGUGAGCGCCGUGGAGGUCCUCCUGUCCAGCCGCUCAUCCGGCGUGGCCGCGGACCGAACUCCCGCUGAGCCCGAGGGCCUGGUCCUGCCCUCCAAUGGGCACAUCUUCGAACACACCCUGAGCUCCUACCCCAUCUCCUCGUCCAAAUGGUCCGUGGGCUCAGCCUUCAGAGUCCCAGACACGUUGAGGUUUUCUGCCGACUCGAGUAACGUGGUCCCCAACCCCUUGGCCGUGCCCCUGCAGCAUCCGUUCCCCCAGCCGCCCCGCUACCCUCUGAUGCUGAGGAAUACUCUGGCAAGAAACCAGUCGAGCCCCUUUUUGCCCAACGACGUCACCCUGUGGAACACCAUGACGCUGCAGCAGCAGUACCAGCUGAGGUCCCAGUACGUCAGCCCCUUCCCCACUAACUCUACCAGUGUCUUCAGGAGCUCGCCCGUCCUCCCCGCCCGCACUCCCGAAGACCCCCGCAUCUCCAUCCCUGAUGACGGGUGUCCCAUCGUGUCAAAGCAGUCCAUCUACACUGAGGACGACUAUGAUGAGAGGUCUGACUCCUCAGACUCUCGAAUACUCAACACCUCCUCCUGAAGUGGCGCGCUGUGGGUGGUGACCAGGUGACGUUUUCUGUGCGUUUGAACCCUGGGCUCCCCUUGAGGGGAGGCCACGUCCUGUGUAUACCUUUUCCUUCUGUUUGACAAAGUGACUUGUGCUUGAUUCUAUACCUUAGCAA